UGAAGACAUGUAAAGCUAACCUUUAAAUGUAAAUAAAGAAUCUGUUCGCGGAAGGUUUUUCUGUAGGAUCAGUCUGAAUAUGUGUCUACUGUAAUCUCAAGGAUUUUUUAACGACUAAUUCAUAUAGUCACGUAUAGUCUUCAUAGCUACUACAUUGUCAAAGUGAGACUUAUGCGCCCCUGAAACCGCCCCUCAGGCCUCAAAAUGAUAAGUCUGCCUACAUAGACCAAAGCCCACCAAAUUGGUGCUGUCGUCAUCAAAGCGACGUUUAUUGCUGCCAUGUUUACUAAUCGAAAGGCUGAAGACUAAGAGUAUGUCAGAUGUACUGUUCCCAAUAAGGAGUCUUUUUCCGUGGAGUUUCAUUUUACGGUGGCUUGCUUCUAGGCGGGACUUUUCCUAAUUUUCCAUUAAUCCGUGGUUGAACGUGACACAUUUAGUCCACCAAGACUGUGUAAAUUGAGUCCUGCUGAUUUUAGUGUAGAUUUGAUGUCUGGAACUUGAGAUCUAUUGCUGGAUUGGAGAUCAGCACUGGUUACGCCACAUGGACAGGGGGUUGCACUUUUGAAGGCGUUUGCAUGUGUCACGGUAGGACAUUUAGACUUUCCAUGAGUACAAAUUUCCAGCAGUAUAGUUUAAGGAUGCCGAAUAUUGGGUUCCAGAAUUUGCCUCUCAAUAUUUACAUUGUCGUAUUUGGGACUGCCAUAUUUGUCUUCAUCCUCAGUUUACUCUUCUGCUGUUACUUGAUCAGACUACGACAUCAAGCACACAAAGAACUCUAUGCAUAUAAACAGGUGAUUCUGAAACAGAAGGUAAAAGAGCUCAAUCUACAUGAGAUAUGUGCAGUUUGUCUGGAAGAAUUCAAGGCCAAGGAUGAGCUAGGAAUCUGCCCGUGCAAGCAUGCCUUCCACAGAAAGUGCCUGAUUAAGUGGUUAGAAGUACGGAAAGUUUGCCCACUGUGCAACAUGCCUGUUCUUCAGCUGGCACAGCUACACAGCAAUCAAGACCAUAGGAUCUCACAAGGGCCACUACCUGGAGCAGAAAACAUAGUGUAGCAUUUACUCAAGGAGUAGCUUACCUCAACAAAAAGAGAAAAGCAACAGUGGUUUAUCUAUGCAGAAAUUCGGACAGUGCAUUGUCUGCAAUGCUGUUACUUGACUGAUGGUUAACAUUUAAUGCACUUGAGAUAGACUUAAGGACUUCAACCAAAGCAGUGUUAGCACCAGCAAGACCCGGACAUUUUAACACACUUUUUCUUUGUUCAAGGAGCACUUUAUAGACUCUUUCCUUUAUUUGAUUAGUUGGGUAGGCACAUGCUGGUAAAUUAGUUGUGAACUUUGAGAAUUGUCAUAUUGCAACAUGAUAUGUUAAGUAAUGGCAAAUAAGGGAACCUAGGGUAAAAAAAAAAAAAAGUUGUCUGUCCAGCAACUCAAGACUAAAAGUUUAUCUAUUUUACGUCUGGUCCAUAUAAUUAUUCAUUUUGUGCCCUAACAUUUCAGAUCCUCACCAACAGAAAAUGGAUUAUAAUGGAGUUUUCCUUUUGACGCUGUUAAAAAGGAGCUUACUCAAGUCUCUCAGAGCUCUGGUACUGGAUAUGGUCAGAAGGUAACUUCAUCCCCGCGUAAAUAAUGAAUCCUGUUUGUACUAUGUUCUAGAAGGUACAUCAGUUUGGCAGAAAAAAUUACUGGGCAGUGUAGACUCAAAGAUCAUCCAUAACUGCAACUUGCAGUAUUGCUUUGGUUGAUUUUUUUUUAACUGAAUGUUUAAUGUGUUUUGUGAUUUGCUUUUCUAAAUGCCCUUUCCCAAAGAUCAUAAACACUAAGUUAAAACAUGUCAUGACUGUAAGCCUAGCAUUUGAGCCAUAGAGAAAUGAACAUGACGGUGUUUGAUGACAAACUGUUAUGUAAUUUUAGAAAGCAUGCUUUGUCUUUAAACUAGUACAACUGUGUUGUGUUGUACGCUGUGUACCCUUUUAUGUGCUAUAAGUGGACAUUUUUACAAGAGAAAUGUAAAAUUUACAUAUUUAUAUAGUUUAGUGCUGGUAGCACACUGCUAAAGAGUAAAACAAAUGUUUGUUUUCUUUUCAUAUAGUAUUGUAAGAGCACUUAUCCUGUUAGAUUUGUAGUGAUCAGAUAAAUCACAUUUGUAAGUGAAUACUGAAUUCAGACCACAUAUUGAGUGGUAUUCGCUUUAAUCACUGUGGUUUAUCUUGCCUUUUUUUACCAUUCAUUAAUUGAAAAAUUAAUGCAAACUAUAAAUGUAUUUGCAAACAGUGUUUACGAAUGUUAGGUUUUUAGCUUGUUGUAGUCUUACCAGAUGGCCAUCACUGACUAUUUUUGUUACCUGAAAAAUAAGGCCCUCCUAUGUUAUGGAGGUGUGUCACAGUAUCUCCGUGAUUGAAGUUUCCACCUGAUAGCUCCAGGGCCUGGGGUUUCAUUCCUGACCCUUGGUUACUGUGUGUGUGAAGUCUGUAUGUACCUGCUUGUUGAAUUGUUUACUCUGUACUGACUAAAUGUUUUUUCAACAGUGGGCCAUUUCACUUAGGUCAUAUCUAAAUUCCUUUUUUUUCACUGCUUGUUGUUUAACCUGCCACCUCGAAAGAGUGACACCAAGGGUGUAAUUAGUUUCCAGAUUAUACACACACAAAAACUUAAAGCAUGGCUGUUGAGAUGUUUUUUGGAGGUAGUGUUUAGAAAUAGCUGUAGCAGAAGUAUUAUAUUAAUACAAUAAGAAUAGCUGUGCAAGUUUGGACGUUACUCUAACAUUUACCUACUCCUAUUUAAGUAGAGCAUGAUGGGCCAUUGAAAGUUGUCUUUUACCAAAGUAGCUGAAGUGUGAUAAUGAUAGAUAUUCAGACUUAAGAAUCAUCUAAGUGUUGUAUGAAAACAUCAUGUAGGUAAUUAAAUGUAGAAUGUAAACUUGGUGUCCAUAAAAAUUGAAAGCACUAAUGAUGUAAAAUUUAAUUCAUUUAGGAAAGAUAUAAGUAGGUAGACUAAAAAGAGAUAUGGUCUGCAGAUAGUGAUCAUUUUAAUAAUUUUGAAAAAUAUCUUUAGCAUU